AUGUCUCCUCAACCCGUGUUGAAAGCUUCUGAUAUUUCGCCAGAGCUAAAAGAUGCAAUUUUUGAAAUUAGCUCGAAGGCUGUUGACUCGUUUUCGCUAGAAAGAGAGAUCGCUGGCGUUGUGAAAAAGGAAUUGGACGUGAAGCAUGGAAACACAUGGCAUGUUGUGGUGGGCAAGAGCUUUGGGAGUUAUGUGACUCACGAGAAGGGUCACUUUAUGUAUUUUUACAUUGGGCCCUUGGCAUUUAUCGUGUUCAAGACAGCCUAG